AUGGAAAUCAACGCAGGCAGUAGCGCCACGGACGAACCCGCGAAAAGCGCGGACUUAUUCAAAGACGAAAGCGGCAUCGUUGAAAGCAGCAGUGUGGAAGGCGGAAACGUCGAACGUGGUAACGUUGAACUCGGCAACGUUGAGCGCGGCAAUGUCGAGAGCUUCAAAAAGAGGAUGAGGGCUGCGAAGAGGAUGCCCUCCAGGAAGAAGAAGAGGGAAAUAAAGGACGCCGACUCGGAGGAAGAGCAGAACGCCCAGGAGGUGGAGAAAAAACAGAAGGGAGGUGCGGAAGAAACGGGAGAUGCGGGAGAAGCGGAAGAAACGGGAGAAGCGGAAGAAACGGGAGAAGCGGAAGAAACGGGAGAAGCGGAAGAAACGGGAGACCAACAACUCGAUGGAGACCGUGGCGGAAAGGAUGAAAAGCACCCAAACCAUGAGGACACAGAAGAAGACCCCUCGAAUGAGAACAGCCCAGGGAAGAGGAAAAGGAAAUCAAAGCUGAAGAAAAAAGGCGACCAAGAACAAAUUAACGAAAGGAGUAUCCACUCUGCGGACAACGACUUUACCACGAAAGACAACAUAUUUGGGAACGAAAACUUUUCUGAUGAGAGCCAGAGCGGCGGGGAGGCUCGCAAUGAGCAGGUCGGUGAUGGCGGUGAUGACAGCGCAGAUGGCGACGAUGAUGACGGUGAUGACGAUGAUGACGAGGACGAUGGCGGUGCCAACCAAAACAGCGAAAGGGGGAAAAAAAAAAAAAGAAAGCUGCGCCCCAGCAAGGAUAAAAGCGCGGAAGAGGGAGGCAAAAGGAAAAAACUCAAGUCGGCCGCGAAGAAGAGCAAGUUUAUAGAUAGUGUCGCGGAGGAAGGGGAGGAGGAUGAGAGUGAGAGCGAAGGCGACAGCGAGGACCUACUGGACGAUGAAGGAGAUUACGAUAACGAAGACAUAAACGAUUCGAGUAAAUCUGAAAAAAAAAAAAAUCCCAUUUUGAUGAAAUACUAG